AUGGAGUUGCAAUUAGGGGAGCUUGGCUACACUCUUGAUGAAGUUGAGCCCCUCAAGAGUCGGGUGAAAACACAUUUGUACCUUAUGUAUGAAACUUAUAAGGGAACGGAAAAGCCACAUGUGAAUGUGCAUGAGGAUGGGGAUGAUGGUGUUGAUCUUGGUGAUGAUGAUGAUAUUGAUGAUGAUGAUGUGGAAUUGAGGAUAGAGCGGAGACUUAAUAGGCAAAGAAAGGAAGCAAAACUCAAAGAGAUAGCUAAUGAAGUUGACAAGUACUUUAAUGAUGCUUAUGAAAGUACAAAGAAUGAUGAUUUCGACUUAUUGGGGUGGUGGAAAAGUAAAAUCUCAAGCUACUCUAUUCUUUCCAAGGUUGCUAAGGAUGUACUUGCUUUUCCUAGUUCGACCGUUGCUAGUGAAAAUGCCUUUAGCCUUGGAGGAAGGAUUGUGGAUCCGUUUAGAGCUUCUUUGACAUCUAGGAUGGUCGAGGCCUUAGUUUGCACAAAUGAUUGGCUUAGAGGAGAGGAAUUUCAAUUUUACAAGGAGACUACGGAAGAAGAUCUUGAGUUCUACAUGGAACUCGAACAAUUGGAACAAAGUAUUCCCAAUACAAAUGAAAUGCCACCACCUCCAUCUAAAACUAAAAGUGCAAAUCCACCCGAGUCCGGAGUUAAUAAAUUAUCAUCCCAUCCAUCUCGAGGGGGGAAAGGGGGAAGGGGUCGAUCAAAUCGUGGUGGACGUGGAGGUGGUGCUACAUCAUCGAGCAAAUUAAUUGAUGAGGAGUAG